AUGGAGCUGGAGGGGCAAUGGUGGAAAGGACAGCUGGCUGCAGACAUAUACCAAGCUCUUCGUUAUAAAGAGCUGAAAAUGCCGUCCUACAAAGGCCAGUCACCUCAGCUGAACGUGAGACGCUAUUUUGCAGACCUAAUUGCCAUUGUUAGCAAUCGGUUCAGGGUAUGUCCACAAGCCCGGCACCUUGCUGUCUACCUACUGGACCUGUUCAUGGACCGAUAUGACAUCUCAGUCCAACAGCUUCAUGUGGUGGCCCUUUCCUGCCUGCUGUUGGCAAGUAAAUUUGAAGACAAAGAGGAUCACGUACCAAACCUUGAACAACUCAAUAGCAUGGGAUGCAUGACCAACGUGAACUUAGUGUUGACCAAACAAAGCCUGUUGCACAUGGAGCUGUUGCUGCUGGAGACUUUUCAAUGGAACCUAUAUCUGCCAACUGCAGCCCACUUUAUUGACUACUACUUGUCGAUUGCUGUUCACGAGACUGAUCUCCACGAAGGCUGGCCCAUGGCAUGUUCGGAGAAAACAAGAUUAUACAUGGCAAAAUAUGCUGAUUAUUUCCUGGAAGUGUCAUUGCAAGAUCAUGUGUUCUUAAACUAUUCUCCUUCGCUAGUCUCUGCUGCCUGUAUAGCUUCCUCUAGAGUUGUACUUCGGCUUUCACCUACAUGGUCAACUCGACUGCAUCACCUUUCAGCUUACUCUUGGGAUCUUCUUAUACCGUGUGUGGAGCGUCUGUUACUUGCACACAAUAAUGAUGUAAAAGAAGCAAACAAGCAAAAAUGCCAACAGCCAAGUCCCCAGUCUGGUCAGACUGUGUAUCGGACACACACCCAGCUGAAUGCAUCACCUCGGAUACAGCAGCAUGUCUCACAGUACCUGCACCGGCAGCAGCUUCCAUUUCCACAGCAGAACUGCCAACCACUCCUUUCAACUGGACGUAUGCCAUCAUACACAAUACAGUCCCAUCCUUCGACUUUGCAAGCCAGCGUUCAUCCUCAUGGGCAUGUACAAGCAGUAGCUGGCAUGACGCUACAAAACUCGCUGGACAUGAAGGUUAGUGCCCCCUACAAUAGGGGCUUCCAAGUAAAUGGACACUACACCAGUGCAGCACCUUGCUUUGACAGGUGAUCAGUGGCUCUGGUACAAAGACACCAUAAA